AUGGACGAGGUGUGCAUCGAGGCGUGCGUGGACAGAGAGUCUAAAGGGGCCGUGGAGCCUGCGCCCACCGGCGCUGGUGACUCGGGCGGCGGCGACGACGGCGGAAGCAAGGACGAGCGACCGCUGCCGGUGGUGGAUGAUGGCGAUGGUGAGGCUGGGGCCGAGGCGGCCAAGGCGUUGGCGAAACGGUCGCGCGACUCGAUGCACUCGAUCGACAAGCUGCUGACCAAGCAUCGCCACCAGGUGCUGGCCGACAUGUGGCGGACGGCCGAGGACGAGGCCGAGAUGGAGACGAGCCGGGCACAGGAAGCGGCUGGGAUGUCUGAGGUGGGCGGCGAGGCAGGUGCGAGCGCACCAGUAGAGGCCGACGAAUGCGAGAACAGUGCUGGCAGAGCUGCUGCGAAGGCGGCAGCGAUGACAGGUAGCACGCCUGCACCCAAGACGGUGGCCGCGGGUCGAAGUAGGCUGGCCAAGGGCAAGAAAAAGUCGGUGCGGUUUCUGGACGAGACGACGCGCGGUGAAGCGCUUGACGUGGUCCUGCUCAAGCGGCGGCUGGAGGAGCAGGAGAACCUGGUCAACUACUACCGCAAGGAGAUUGUCGUCCUCCGCUACAAGAUGGCGCUUAUGCAGAGCAAGCUCGACUGGUACGAGGGCGAGGAGUCGUCGUCAUCUGAGGACGAGUACGAGUAUGAAGAUUUUGAUCAGGACGACAACAGGGAAGAGGACGAGCUGCAGCCUCCGCCGAGGGCAUGGCCGGUGAAGGCGCAAGCGCCAGGAGUGGGUGCCCAGCAAGACGCCGGCGUGAUCAGGCGGGAGCAUCUGGGGAGCGAGUCUGAUGACGACUCAGACCUGGACUCCGCCUCGGGCUCGGGCUCGGAGACGCCCGAGGCACCGCCGUCGCUAACAAAGUCGCACUCGUUUGUCUUUGAUUGA